AUGCAAAACCAACAACAACCAUGGGCUGGGUCACCUUAUAAUUACAGUCCUCAAGGAGCGAUGCCACUAGACAAUAAACAGAACACACCACCUCUUCAACAUCCGAUUCCUCAGCAUCCCAUCACCAACUUUAACCCAUCGGUUCAUCAACAACCUGCUGCCGCGUCUCCAGGAUUCGCUCAACCACAACCUCAACCACAACAGCAAGCUUAUGGCUAUGCUCCACCAACGCCGGGUCAAGGGGGUCAAUACAACAACAACAUGUACAACAACUUUGGGUUCAAUGACCCUACAACACAGCUGGGUAUGCAAUUUGCUGGAAACGCUGUUGCUCAAGGCACUGCUUAUAUGGAGCGUAACUUCAAUAGAUGGGUGGAUAUGCCUGCACUACGACAUUAUUUCAAUGUAAACAACAUGUAUGUCAUCAGCAAGCUCAAGCUCAUUCUUUUUCCUUGGCGACAUACGCCAUGGAGCCGUGCUGUGACACGAACAGAGACUGGACAAAUGGAUGGCUUCAAACCUCCACGAGAAGAUAUCAAUUCACCUGAUUUAUAUAUUCCAGUGAUGGCCCUUGUCACGUAUAUCCUCUUUUGUGGUCUUGCUGCUGGUCAACAGGGAUCGUUUCAUCCCGAGAAGUUGUAUGUGGCAGGAUGCACAUCCGUGGCCGUUAUCUUUGCAGAACUUUGCUUUACACGACUGGGUUGCUACUUUCUCAACAUUUCUUUUGAAGCAUCCAUGUUGGAUUUGAUUGCGUACUCUGGUUACAAGUAUGUAUGCAUCAUUGUGACGGAUUUGGCGAAAUUAUUGGGAGCUGGCAAGUGGCUAUUCUGGAUUGUGUUCUUGUACACCGCCUCCAGUGUGGGCUUUUUCUUGCUGCGAUCGAUGCGAUAUGUGAUUCUACCCGAUGCUGCUGCAGGUCCUUCUACAAUGAACCCCCAAAGGAAGCGGCGGAUGUGGUUCUUGCUCACAAUUGCUGCCUUGCAAAUGGUGUUUAUGUUCGCAUUGAUUAAUUAA